GUGGGAAGUGUAGUUUAGAGACUCCGCCCUGCUCGCCAUUCCUGUAAUGGCUGCUUCCUGGAAGGUGCUGUCACGUGGAGCUUAGCCUUAGCAUCCUGAACUGGUAGAAUUAAAAAAAAAAACGCUUUCUUUGGAACCUUCAGCCUUUAAGAACCAGUCACCUCAAGAUCUCGACAUCAUGAUCUCAGUUUCAACACAACUGUUCCUAGUUCUCUUUUCAUUGCUUCUGGUGCUGCCUGUUGUGGAAGCAGUAGAAGCCGGAGAUGCAAUUGCUCUCUUGUUAGGUGUGGUUCUCAGCAUUACAGGCAUUUGUGCUUGUUUGGGGGUAUAUGCACGAAAGAGAAAUGGACAGAUGUGACUUUGAAGGGCCUCCUGAAUCAAACCUUGCCCUGAAAACCUUUGUGCUAUUGAGGUUCAGAACUGAGUUUUGGUGUCUGAAAGUUCUCAAGAAACAGUAAAUAGGGUAGCUUCAUAGUCUUGGUUAUUUCCCUAUAAAUAGGAACAAACUGAUAUGUUAAAUGGAAAACAAAACGUUUUCUUCACAACAAAUAAUGCACUGAAAAAUGCCAUCUGUAAUUUGCAUUUGCUAGUUAGAAAGAAGGUCAAAGAAGUGAGAUGGCUGAACUCUGCAUAAGUAAUAUUUCAUAAUUUCAGAAUUCUCAAUAAUAAGAAGAAAACUCUUGCCCAGAAUCCUAGGAAAUUGCCACUGUUUAGUUAUAAUCACUGCCUCCUGCAUCACUGAGGAGUCUUUUCUCCAUAUUUUUAAUGCAUUUUUGUUUUGUUAUCUCCCAAGUUAAUAUUGUACCUAGAUAUUAAAUACAGUUGGUCAAAAAAUUAAAACUUAUCUCUUUGUGGGGGAAAAAGUUUAGAAAAUGUAUUCGAUGUAUCUAACAUUGAAAUGGAGAAAAGAUUUAAUGUAAAAAAAUACUUCAUAUUGACACUGAAAUGGAGAAAAGAUUUAACGUUUAACAAAAACAAAAAAAUCUUUAUAAACUGCUAACAUCUCCAUGGUGAGAAGUACUAUAUUAAAUAUAAACCAAUUAUGUAAGUUA